AUGGAAGUCAGCGAAUCAUGUUCAUUUCGAGCUAUUGUUAGCGGUCAGUGUGGGUUUGAUCCGAAAGACAGAAAUAAAUCUACUACCAUUAUUUCUUUGAGAAACUGUACUCGCAAUAUCGAUGAGCAUAAACGAUAUUUGUACAUAACUGGCGUUGAAUCAGAAAUAGAGUUGAUUUUAGCAAGGGCAUGUAUUUUUGAGUCCACAAGAAAUUUAGACAGCUUUACAAUUUGUCCACAUCACCGUGCAUCCCUAGGUGUUAGUUGGAAACGGCGAUCUGUGAAAUGCUGCAUACCAGUAAUGCUUUCUCAGCACAAAGAUGAUGUCAAGAAAAGACCAAAAGCAGAGAGAGGUUUAAGUAAAAGUGGGUCAAGAACUGUGUUGAAGAGACUGGUGUAUUUCUCCCAAUUGGUUCAGGUAUGUUGGAACAGAGACUCUUCACAUCACUGAAUAGUCGUGUACAUGAUUGAGCAUUAGUGGAAGUAAACACACGAAAUGUUACUAUGUUUGUACACAUAUUCUUUUUCAGGUAUGUGUUCUAAAUGCAGAAAGAUUCUUGGAGAGGCCCUCGAGGAAAGUGAAGUUAUUUUCCAAAUUAAAGAAUUGAUCUUGGUAAGUAACUUUUCCUUUUAUUUGAGAGCCGUAAGAGACACAGUUUGAUGUGUGCCGAGCUACACGUGCCGAAACGUCAAUAGACUCAAUAGUAUCUACUACCAGUUGUCAAAUUAAUCAACUUUUUAUAACGCUUAAACUAAUUGAAAUAUUGGUUGUGUCUUAGGAUGAGGUUAAAGAUACAUCUGUUCCUCAAGCCCAAAGUACACCAGCUGCAUUUGAUCUUUCCCUUUCUUCUUUGGAGACAUUGGAAGGAACCCUCUAUUCUCCAUCAAAUACAGGGAUAGCCACAACUAUCACAUCCCAGGAUAGCAGAGUGUACAGUGAUGCAAAUCCAAUUGAUAAGCUGAACGAGUUCCUUUAGAGUAAAGAUGUUAGUCCAAUUAGAUAUCCUGUCAAGGUACCUUGGGAAGAAGCGAGUGAGAGAACAAGACGCCGCCACAUACGUAAGGCCAAGCAGGCAGUGCAGGCUGUUCUUGAAGUAGCACCAAAUCAGUCCGAACAUUUGUGGCAGACCGUUGUUGAAUCAAUGUCAUCAGAUAAGCAGGAAGACGAUAACAUUGAUCAGGUUCUCAUGAAUGCUUUAACAGAAUGCUACAAUAAUGGAUUCCACGUCUUACCAGAUAUCGUUUUAGUGUGGCAAGAAAGCAUGCUUUAAUUUAUGGCAGAGGAGUUCCCCUUCCUAUGAUAAAGCAGACCAAAAUGUUCAUUUCUCAAAUUCAGCUUGAUCAUUUUCUGGACUUUAUUACCAGCCCAUACAUGAUACAGGAUAUGUCUUUUGGAUAGAAAUCAAUCGAACUCUCGACCAAAGAAAUUGUGAAAGUCCCUAAUGUCAUACGAAUGCUGAUCCUGGAAUCUAUUGUCAAGCAAUACCUAGGCUAUACACUGCUUCGUAUUUUAUCGGUUUGUUCAGCCUCCGUGUGAAAAUCUUUGCAAGGCCUCGACUACAUUAGCUCUGCAGGGGCACAAGCAUUUGAUGAUCUUAGCAUUGUAGUUGAUCAUCUUGGAGACAAGUUUAUGGGGGUGGAAUGGGCUAAAGAUCAGAAAUAUCGCCUUAAAUCUGCUAAAUGCUACUUAAAAAGCGACUUUAAGGUAUAUCUGAAUAAUUAGUAUACCAUACAAUUAUACUGAGUAUAUAAUUAUCAGUACACUUAUAAAAUGUUGUUCUUUUCUUGUAUACAAGGUACAUAUAUCCAAUGAAUCUACAGUUCCUUACCACUGCAGGAAGUACUCACUUAGUGAUCCAAAGGACAAAGAUAUCCAAACCAAAUGUGAUCACCACCACUUCGACACCUGUGACCGUUGCGAGUCGCUGUCCCUGGUCUUGAAUGAAAUAAGUGGAGCAGUGGCUAAGAUGUCUGACAACAAUGUUUCGGUUGAUACAAAAGAAGAGCUGUAA